GUUUCUCGGCACCUAGGGACGCACCUUACAUAUGUGAAGCUCAAACACCGUUACGUUCACCUCUGCAGACGUUAACGAUAGACUCACGUGACCAAUACCGCUCUUUGUCCCUCCAAUCCCGAAUCCCAAAGCAACGCAAUGCCGUUCUUUGAGCUCCCCUUCACAUUUCCAUCUCCGGUCCCCUCUUUGUUCGCCAAUUCAAAUGACGAACCCCAACACUCAAAACCCUUCAACUCCUCCACUCCCUACACCUCUCCCCAUCACUCCUACUCCACCAAACAUACCCCCAAAAAACCCCCAAAGCCUACCAUGGCCAACCCCCACCCAAUAUCCUUCUCCCCCUCCUCCUCUUCCUCCACCACCACUUCCUCCGGCAGCUCCUACGAAAUCUACGAACCCCCCAGCCCGCCCGGCUAUGAAUACGCACAACACCGCCGCUCCUCCAGCACCCUCCAAUCCCAAUCGUCUCGACGCCCCAGCACCCUCCCCUCAUCUCCCCCCUCCCGCCACCCUAGCACCCUGUCCCAGAUCCCCAACGUCCCGCCCCCCGGCCCCGCGGAACUCCACCCCGCUCUCAAAGCGGAGCGGCGACGCUCCUCCGGCGCCGCACCAACCCGGAGGGUUAGCCUCCCGGGCAUCGCGCCGAGCAAGUACUCGGAGUAUAUCUACGACACCGGGGGAGCCUCGACAUGGGAGACGGUGGUUUGGUGGGCCUCGCAGGCGGCGUUGUGGGCUGGCGCGGUUGUGUUAGCGGCGGUUGCGUUGGUUGUGCUCAAAGAGCUGGGGGGAGGGGUGUGGGGGGCGGUGGGGGAGUAUAGGAGGAGUAGGGGCUGGGGCUGGGGCUGGGGCUGGGGGGUUGGGAGAAUCGGGAGUUGGAAGUGGUGGUGGAGUUUGGUUGAUGUUAUGGGGUUUGGCGGCAGGGGCAAGGGGGAUGGGUUGACGAGGGCGGAGAGGGCAGAUUUGGGGUUUCUGCCGUGUUGGCGCGGGGAGGGGGGUAGGUGGGUUUGUAAGUAG